AUUUACCGGUUUUGGAAAGGUGAGAAACGUACCUUUCCAAAGUAAUAAAUUUUUGAACAUCGGUUGAUUACAGCCGGAGAUAUAGCCACUUGAAUUUGCCUUCAAAAAUACCCCAUUUUUGCUUGCCCGGAAACUCGAGAAGAAUUUUAGAAAAAUUUUACCUUCAAGAUUACUCUUUUUAGUAAAUUGCGUGCAAGUCCAAUCGUCUCUUGUUGUAGCUAAAUUCCAUUCACUUAUCCACAACAACAGCAUCUUGUCUGUAGUUUACUGAAUUUCACUUUUUCGUGCAGGAACAUUUUUUUGCGGGCAGCAUGUUACAUCCCGAUGCUGCCGAAAUGAUCAUUGAGCAGUGAUCUCCUGCAUCCACAGAGAGUGGCUUUCUCGGAAGAAAAUGAAAGUGAUUAAUGCUUUGUGCUGCAUGUUUUGGUUUAGCGCGCAUUCUGUGGAAUUUUCUUGGUGGGAUCUGCGAUCGGCCAUGGGCCAACACACGAUCAUCCACCGAUCACCACGACCAGCCAGAGAUACCAACUCUUGACUAUCUUGUCCGCGCGAGAGUGAAAGUAUAAUAUUCUAUGGCACGCCAGAGAGCCGGGAAAAUAAUGUGGGAAGCUCUCUUGGUGUGUGUUUGUGGCCAAAUGAAACGAAUACAUUGCCACGGUCUCAUGAACAUAAAACUCAACAUAAAAUUAAAUUCAUAAUUCCCCCAUCAGUCUUUAUCCGGUUGUGUCUCGCGUCGGGGUCUCUCCGCGUCUUCACGCACCUCUGAAGAUCUCUCAAAAAAUACUCCAACUUCUCCUCAAAGUUUUCCAGCAAUUUCCCCAAGAGAUCUCAAUAAUUCAGAACAAUGAAGCUGUACGCUGUGUCUGACGGACCCCCCUCAUUGGCCGUCCGAAUGGCCCUAAAAGCUCUGGACAUUCCGUAUGAGCACAUCAACGUGGAUUAUUGUGCUUCAGAGCACAUGACGGAGAAGUACGCCGAGAUGAAUCCGCAAAAGGAGAUCCCCGUUCUCGAUGACGACGGAUUCUUCCUUCCCGAAAGCAUUGCCAUUCUGCAGUAUCUUUGCGAUAAAUAUCGCCCGGAUUCUGAGCUCUACCCAAAAGACCCAAAAGCUCGCGCUAUUGUCAAUCAUCGUCUCAACUUUAAUUCUUCCUUCUACUACAGCAGCAUUUCUAUGUAUGUGAUGGCUCCAAUUUUCUUCGACUACCCGCGCACGCCAAUUGGUUUGAAGAAGCUCAACAUCUCUCUGGCUACAUUUGAGACUUACCUCAAGCGCUCUGGGACGAAAUACGCUGCUGCUGAUCAUCUCACCAUCGCUGACUUCCCUCUUGUAACGGCCACCCUCUGCCUUGAAGCGAUUGGCUUUAGUCUCGAUGAGUACCCCCUUGUUAAGGCUUGGUACGGCAACUUCAAGCAACAACAUCCGGAUCUGUGGGCCAUUGGGGAGGCUGGCAUGAAGGAAAUUACGGAAUUCGAGAAGAAUCCUCCGGACUUGAGUGGAAUGAAUCAUCCCAUUCAUCCAAUUCGCAAGAAAAACUAAAGAACUUGCAAUUAAAUAAUUUUCUUCUACAUCCCCCAUUUGUAUAAUUCCAAUGCGCGGUGUUUUUGAUGAAGAAAAAUAAUUAUUUUUUUUCCACAGACA